AUGUCACCAAAAAACAAUCCAAGACGGAAUGGCACACGCAUGGCGCUGCGUCAGACUCGGAUGCGCUCCAGGCUCUCGGGCGCGGCGCCGCUCAUGUCGGGCCUCGACGACAAAGGCCGACCGAGAGAGCGACUACCCAAGGACCCCGAGACUUUAACGUUUGACCAGGUAAUCCAGAGGCUGCGCCGAACCAAAAUGAAUCUGCGGCGGCGACCUCCUGUGGCGCCGAAGGAGAGGUCGAGUCGGCGCGGAGGCACUCUCCGCUCCGCCACAAGAGCACAAAGAGUCGCCAGAUGGCGCGGAUACAAUUCUCGAUGCUCAGCAGAGAAUGUUUUCGCGAGUUUGUAUCGCAGCACCAUGGCGUCCGAGGGCUGGGGCAGCGUGGAGGGCAACACGGGCAGACGCAGGCUCCCUCGCGACAUUCUGCUAAGCAUGCUCCCAAGACUGCAUACAGACUUUUAG